AUAUACAGGGUGUUUUUUUAAUAUUGCGACAAGAUUCAGGAGGGUGUUCCUUAAACGAAAUCUAGUAAAAAAACUUCCUAUGAACAUAUGUCCUACAGAUUUUACGCUACAGAGUGUUGAAGUUGAAAGAACAAAAACUUACGUUUUUAGACAAAUUUGAUACACAGGUUCUAAGCAUCCAUAGCGUUUUUCCCAUGAAACAAUUUCAAUUUUUAUAUUCGCCAUUGACGUUCUUGCGGGCUUUGAACUGAAUAUUCUUGAAAAGAAAAGGAUAUGUAUAGUAAACGUGUGUAAUAUAUCAAUUGACAAUUUUUGUACAUCGAAUGUUUUAAUUCACACCUAAACGAACAUUAAAAGGGCUACAAUACUUAACUUUUUGCUUUAUUCCUCAUUUGAUCAAGCAAAAAUAUACAGUUACAAAAACAUAUACAGGGUAUUUCAGAAGUAUGGGAUCAAACUUCUGGGGGUUGUUCACUGCAACAGAAGAAUCCAUUUGAGUAUAGGAACCCAUGUCCUGAAAUGCGUCACUACGCCACUACGGCCCUAAGACGCGUUAAAAUUUAUAAACAAACAUUAAUUACCUAAAUAGGAUCUACUGCAUUUAUUUUUACCUUUUGUACAUGAUACCAUAACAACAACUGUUUAAAAUCAACGCUUAUCAAUGUCAAUUCUCAAUGUCAUGUUUAAAAAUUUUAUAGCUUACAAUUUUUAAACAUUUAUUGCUAAUGGAAAACUUUACCAAUCAAGAAUUGGCGGAUAUGCAUUUGGCAUACGGAGCAACAAUUGCAAUGCACGAGCAGCAUCGCGGUUCAUAAACGUUAUUCCGAACGACAGCAUCCUGGAUACUCCAGAAAGUUCAAGGUAUGACUGCAGCCGAUUAUCAUCCUAGAGUUCAAUUUUGUCAAUGGCUUCUGGAUUCAUCAUUGCACAACCAAAUUUUUUACGAUAUGUUUUGUGGACCGAAGAAGCCUCUUUCACAAGAUACGGUAUUUUUAAUAGUAGGAAUAGCCAUGUUUGGGACGAAGAAAAUCCUUAUGCAAUUUUUCCAAAAAAACAUCAGAAUCGUUGGUCUGUCAACGUAUGGACAUGAUUGUUGAUGAUUAUUUAAUUGGGCCAUACCUUCUAAACAGGACCUAUUUAUCUGCGUUUCUUGGAGGAAGUUCUCCCAGAACUCCUUGAAAAUGUUCCACUAAACGUUAGACAGCAAAUGUGGUUUCAGCAUGAUGGAGCGCCGGCUCACUUUGCUGUACAAGUACGCGAGUAUUUGGCUCAGCGGUUUGGGCACCGUUGGAUUGCCAGAGGUGGAGCAAUUUCUUGGCCUCCUAGGUCACCCGAUUUAACGUCUCUCGAUUUUUUCUUGUGGGGACAUGUAAAGUCUUUAGUCUACGAAACUACAGUAGAAUCAGAGCUAGACUUAAUUGGACGAAUAACAGCAGCAUUUGAAAUCAUUCAAAACGAGGAUCAAAUUUUUAGUGUAGUUCGCCGAAAUCAUGUGAGGCGUGUUUAAAUCGGUGUAUUGAGGUUGGAGGAAGACAUUUUGAACAAUUGUUGUGAUGGUAUCAUAUACAAAAGGUAAAAAUAAAUGCAUCAGAUCCUAUUUAGGUAAUUCAUUUUUUUUUAAAAUUUAAACGCGUCUUAUGGCCGUAGUGGCGUUUUCUUUAUACCUAUAAUAUUAUGAGAGUCAUUAUUUGUUUAAUUUUUUAAAUAAAUCUGGGUUAUCUAUAAGAAAUUUUAUACAUUCCAUAACGUAGAUAUUAAAGAUCAAUUCAGUACAUUUUUUUGUUGACUUUUCAUGGACGUCGUAGAUAUUUUAGAAACCCUAUUUUGCAUCAUAUGCGAUUUGGUUUUUAUAACUUUUCAAAAUAUUUUAAUUUGUUCUUCUCCUUUUUUUUAUAAAAAUUAUUAGAUAUAUUUUAAUUUUCUACUAAAAUUAUUUACUUGGGACACCUUCGUUACCAUAAACAUUACAUACUGCCAAUAUAACCAACCAAUGUGCAGUUUCAUUAUCCGAAUUACUGAAACAUUCCCUUCUUACUUAAAAUCGAUUAUGUAUUCUGAGUAUUUCUAUAAGUUGUCAUGGAUACUUCACAAUGUAAACGUUUCACUGGCACAAUAUAUUCAUAAAUUUAUUAAGUUAAUUAUUAGUAGUUUUGAUUGUAGUAAUUCAUUUAAAUCUGGCUAAGAAAAAAAAAAUCUUUGUUUUAAAUUUUAACUUGUGAAUAUUAAUGUAAAGAAGGAAAUUUAAAAUGAGUCAAACUUCAGCAACAUUAAAAAAAUCUAAUUCUCAAGACAGAUCGGACGUGGUGGCUUAUUGGAGUGUGCCCCUGUUAGAUGGUGCUCAUUUGGUUGAAUUUGAACAUGGCACUACCACCGGUAAACGAGUAUUAAGAAUAGAUGGAAAGGAAGUUCUACGGAAAGAUUGGAUGUUCAAACUCGUUGGCGACAUAAGAUUUAAACUCGGAAAACAAGAAGCUAACUGUGAAUUAAGAGUGGACCCGAUACCGCCGUUUUACUUUACGUACGCUCUCUGGGUUGAUGGGAAACCUCUGCAAAAGUUUCUGGACAAACAAUCGGAAUCCAUUAGGUCCUGGAGCGUGGUUUUGGAGGGCAAAAGAUAUUUUGUCGCUCUCGAGCGUCAAACUCUGGAAAUCUGGCUCAACGGGCUCCCGGUUGAAGUUGAACGCGACUUCGUAGACGGAGGCACCGAAAUGCGUUUUAAAAUUAACGAUUUGGAUGCUGCGAUGCGAUCCAAUCGAGGCGCCAAAGAGAUAUCGUAUGAUUUAUUCAUUGAUAACAGACUAAUAAUGGAUAAUAAUGAUGCUUAAACGUAGUUUAGUUUAGUUGUCAAGCCGAAAGCUGGUCUUAACUUGAUAAAUAAUAAUUAGUAGGAAAUAAAAUCGCUGGCAGAUAAAUAGUUAAAUAAG